CAGCAGAGCAGUCGCAGCCAGCCAGUUCGCCAUUGUGAGCCGAAGCAUUGAGCAGCAUCAUUCGGAGGUAACCGCGCGAAGUCCGCAGGAGCGGUUUUUCUUGCGCAGCUUCCUGGCCGUGAGGUAAGACAAGACGAUGUCUUCUCCAAGCGCUGGGAAGAGGCGUAUGGAUACCGACGUCAUUAAACUCAUUGAAAGCAAGCACGAAGUCACCAUUCUUGGAGGCCUGAAUGAAUUUUGUGUCAAGUUCUAUGGCCCGAAAGCAACACCUUACGAGGGAGGAGUCUGGAAAGUCCGAGUUGACUUGCCUGAGAAGUACCCCUUCAAGUCUCCAUCGAUAGGGUUCAUGAACAAGAUUUACCACCCGAACAUCGAUGAAGUGUCUGGCACUGUGUGCUUGGAUGUCAUCAACCAAGCGUGGACUGCGCUCUAUGAUCUGUCCAACAUCUUCGAGUCGUUCCUGCCGCAGCUGUUGACCUACCCGAACCCCAUCGACCCUCUGAACGGUGACGCAGCAGCCAUGUAUCUGCAUAAACCAGAGGAGUACAAGAAAAAAGUCCAAGAGUACGUCAAGAGGUUUGCCACAGAGGAGGCGUUGCGGGAGCAGGACAACGAGUCGUCGAGCAGCGAGAGUUCCAUGAGUGAUUUCUCGGACGACGAGACCAAAGACAUGGAGCUGUAAUUCUUCAUGCAUCUGUCUGCCUGACAAAAUUCACGGACACACACACACCACUCACGCAUUACAGGGAAAAAGCGCGAAGGCCGAGGGGAAAAAAACAAACCGGACAGGACGUGCGAGCGGACGUCACCUUUUUUCCUUUCUUCGCCCGCCUCUGCCAUCGCAACGCCAUCUUCUCACCUUUCCGAGCAUCACGCCCCAUUUCCUGGCCACUACACAUCCACCGCAGCCGAAUUUUUGCCUCCGCGACCACCAUCACUCUCCGUUGUCUUCUUGCACCUGGCUGCCGUGGCACGACGGAAAUAUCGCGCCUUUUGCUGACUUCGACCUCGCGGCACCGUUAAAUAUUCUGCCUGGUUUCGACACGACGUCCCAGCAGCGCCAGCCUCCUGCCAGCGGGACAUGCAAAGAUGGCCACCACGUGGUGGGACUUUUCCUGCUCCUCAUGCAAGAAAAACGUGUUGUCGUAUUCCCCUCGUGCGUGUGCCAUUGUGGUGUUCUCUUGCGUUCGCCGCUUUCUCCACUCACUUCGCCGGGCAGUAGGAGAAGUGCCAGCCAAGCCGGGAAUGUACGUGCGUGCAUGUGUGUUGCGCCUCAUGUGGAUGUUCUUGUCUCACCCUCGCCCCCUCCCCUCCUCUUCUGCAUGCCUGUAGCCAUGGCAAGAGAAUGUCUCUCUUCACGACCGCUCAUUUUUAGCUUUUUUUUUUUCUAUCUCUUUAGGUUCGUGUUUUCUGUGAGGGCCACAGAUUUGGUCGAUCGUUUCGGAAAGGACGUCUUUGUUUUCACAUGCACUUAUAUAACGCGGUAGAAGCAGAUGCAGCAAUAAGAGUGGCAGGUUUUUUUCAUUGUCACUCUCACAACACGGCAUUCUUUGGCUUCGUUGACAGGAACGCGACGUAACGCAAUGGAAGUAGUCUUCCCUUGAAACAGCCUGUUCGAUAAUGUGGCUUUCGUUCCUGUGCAAGCGGUCUAUAAUAUUUUAUUGACAAUUCUGCUAGGAAAGCAGUGCAGCAAGUCCUGAAGGAGAAAGCUUUUUUUUUUUUUGCAGGGGCUUCCUUUUUCAAAUGUAUUGCAACCCUCAGAAGUAUGGCAACUUCUUGAGCACUUUCAUUUGAGCGUUCUCUGUUUCAUCAACGCUUCAUUCCUUAUUUUCUCUCCCUUCUAACCAUGCAUUGACUGGUUUGCCUUUGAGGAUGAAGGCCUUUCCCGACAGAGUUCUGCAACAUUUGGCUUCUCUUGAUUGGAUUUUCAUCCUUGCUGCACAACUGUGUUGCCAUCAAGCUGUCUAAAUUCUUUUAGUUGUGUUGGCCGGUGCCCAAGUUUUUAUUCAUUUGCACGGCUUGUAAAAUAUCUUUUUUUUUUUUAAAUUGUCGGUGAGCGUAUAUUGUUGGCUGUUGGGUCGCGCAGGGUUUAGCAUGGGCGAACUUCAUUGUCAGCACUUGAGUCCAGCACAGUAAGUGUGUUUGUUCGUUGGUAGUCGUAUAAUCAAAAUGAAUUGAGGAACGACAAGCCUUCUCUCCAAGGCUGUUGUGUAGCUAUGGUGUCAGUUCGUUGCCUCCAAUGCAUUUUAGUGCAGAUGAUUUUCAAUGUGUAAUUCGUGCCUUUAUGUAGCAGUUCUUUGGCCUAGCAUUACAAUAGUAUCUGCUUAGCCGAGAAUGCAGUGUUUCACCCGGUUAGCCGGAAACCAGCGUUCUGUACGGUCUUUGUUUGGAACAGUUAGCUGCUUUAAGGGCUACUGCAAACGCGAUCUUGCCACACAAUUCGCGAGCAUCGGAUUAACAUCGGCACGUUGUCGAAUGUGUUCUGCCGCUCGCCAUUUUUAGUGCGCAUUUUUAGCGCCUUGUUCUCGGUUUGUCUCUAACCCUUGAAAAAACUGAGUUGGGGGUUGUUUUCGAAAGAAACGAUUCAUUCGAGCUCCACCGUAGUUGCGAUUGUUCGGUCCGAACGGUCGCGCAUGCGUGUAUUCUUGAAAUGCCUGAGCAAAUGAAAUCGCACUUAUCACCAUUUGUGAAUGUCUCUCAUCCCGGUACUCCACAACACUCGCCCAAAUGAUUAAUGGGCACAUAUAAAAAUAGCACAUCUGCGAACGAGAGAGGGUGCUCUUUUUUUUUUUAAGCAUUUUUGUUUUUUUUAACUUAUUGCAAAACACAUCACACAACUCAUGCAAUGUCUGUUCAAUAAGAAAUACAGCAGACAGCACACAGUGUAGUUAUUGUUUCAUUACCACAACGCGUGACACUGGGUUCAUUGCAAAAAACCGGGCACUUUGGGGGAACUAUGACAAGAAUGAUUGAAGAUUAUUUUUUUUUCUUUGUGCUCGGUAAUGUCAAACCAAACUGUGAUAACUUCACUAUGAGUGGCCACUUGCAGGGAAGGGAUUGCAGGGCGUGCCCCCGUUUUUUUUUUUUUUUUUUUUUUUUUUUCAAUUUCCUUUAACUGUCGCAAGCUGUCGGGAGUUGUGCUGUAUUGUUGUCGUUUCUUGCGUGUCUUGCCACCGCUAAGGUUGGGCAUCGAUAUUCACAUAAUCCUUUGCUUAUCGGCACAUUUUCCGUUUUUCUGCUCGACUGGUGUGGCGCGUCUCGCAAGCAGUGCAAUCUCGUACUAGCCAGUGGAAUUGUGCGCGUGGCGGCUGCAUCACCACAAUUUCUUUCCCAGUAGUGCCAGCCCCAAUAUAAGCUAAAUAUUUUUGUGCCGCCUUAAAGCAUUGUCUUAUGUAUACUCCCUUUGAAUAAGAAGCUGCAGAAAACAGUAGAUGAGCUGACUUUCUUCCAUCUGCAGGAACCGAUGUUAACACACCUGUUAUAGUUUUAAACUUGGUGCUUCGUAUGGUACAUAUUGAUGUUUAUGAUGUACCGUUGUUUGCUUGCCCAAUCUACAUGCAGGACGUAUAAUUACGACCUACCUUUGGGGUAAAGCGUCAGCGCAUCUGUUAUGCCUCAUGGUUAUUAUGUUCUUGUCUAUGCUGAAAAACAUGCCCAUUUGCCAACGUCAAUCUAUCGUGUUGACUUAAAUUGCACUCAAACCUCAUUAUAACUAAGUCGAACCUGCCGCAAAAAUAUUUCCUUAUAUUCUAAAAUUUUUUAUAAACAUACAUUUGUAGCACUGUACCUAUGACGGAGCCAUUCUUCAUUUCGUUAUAUCCAGGUUAAUUAUAUUGAGGUUGAACCCUUGAUAAACAUUUGCAAUCUGAAACGUGCAUACCAGUUGUAAGGGUUGCCUCGUUGAAAAUGUUCUGUGCGUCUUCGCUUCGCAGUGGAAAUCUGGGGAUAUCGCUGCUUUAGUAAACGGCUGAUUGUGGUGCGCAAACUGGCGUCGCGUGCACAUUUCCACCGGCGUGAGGACAGGUGUCUCGAAGGCGACAGUUGUAAACAAGUUUCUCCCGACGCACAGUUCGGCGGCAAAGGUGUACUGCAAGCUGUUGGCACGCCUCUUCAAAGGCACCGAUCAUUGUGUUCUCGCAAGAAAUGUUACAAGCGCAUGCUUGGAACAGCCGUGCAUGUAGGACUGGCGCACCACGGUGUUGCAUGGUAAGGUUGCCUCUGCCGCAGUUGUUUCAUUAUCCUCGCCAGUGCGUUCUCGUUUACGAAGGUUUCUUUGAGUAGUCUGCUCUUGGGAAAAAAAAAAAAAGGAGAGAGGUUGGAUUUUCGAGCGGUGUUGCAACCGUUGUAGACAACCAUUUGUGGACCCAUUUUAUUUUUUUGUGUUUUUUUUUUUCGACUGUUUGCUCUUAUUUUUUUUUGUCUGGCAGGGGCCGUUGCUUCUCGAGUAGUAUUGCCAGUGUGAACGUACGCAUCUUAAACCAUUGCUUGUCUCAAUCACUAUAUAGUCUUUUUCUUUUUCGUGUGUUUGUGUGAGUGCAAAGACACCAUAGUUCUAUAUGAAUUUAUAAAUAAAGCUAUAUCCAACUUUUU